UGACAUCUUCAGACGCGCACACGUACAUGCACUGACCGCCUCUGAGAAAGCGAGGGAGUGUGGGUGCACUACAAUGGCUCAGUUUAAGGACGUAGCCGUGAAAAAGACCACCUCUCUCAAUCUGGUGACUGGGUUCUUUCAGUAUUUGCGCGAUGAACAGGAGUCAGUCCAGAAAAGAACUUUCACAAAGUGGAUUAAUUCACAUUUGGCCAAGCGUAACCCUCCUUUAGAAAUCAAUGACCUUUUUGAGGACAUCAAGGAUGGGGUGAAACUGCUGGCUCUGUUGGAGGUGCUGUCUGGGCAGAGAUUACCAUGUGAACAGGGACGGCAGCUGAAGAGAAUCCACUGGGUGUCUAACAUCGGCACUGCGCUGAAGUUUUUGGAAGGCCGAAGGAUCAAACUGGUCAAUAUAAAUGCCACUGAUAUUGCUGAUGGAAGGCCUUCCAUAGUCUUGGGGUUAAUGUGGACCAUUAUCCUCUAUUUUCAGAUUGAGGAGUUGACAAGUAACCUCCCAGCCCUGCAGGCUCUAUCCAAUAGUGCAUCUUCUGUUGACAGCAUGGCCAGUUCUGAGACAGGCAGCCCACCUAUGAAGAGAAAAGUUGUCCCCAAGGUCCAGGGUGGUGCUAAGAGAGCUUUGCUCAGAUGGGUGCAAUCCACAGCAGCUAAACGCAUAGGGAUUGAGGUGAAAGACUUUGGUCCCAGCUGGCGGAGUGGGGUGGCCUUCCAUUCUGUCAUAUAUGCCAUUCGCCCAGACCUGGUGGACAUGGAGCUUGUGAAGAGAAGAAGCAACCGUGAGAAUCUGGAGGAAGCCUUCACAGUGGCAGAGAACGAGCUGGGCAUUCCACGCCUUCUAGAUCCUGAAGAUGUGGAUGUGGAUAAACCUGAUGAGAAGUCCAUAAUGACCUAUGUGGCUCAGUUCCUUAAACACUACCCCGACCCCCACCAAUCAGAGACAGAUGGACAGCAAGAGGAGUAUGAUCCUCAAGAUAUUGAGCUAAUGCUUGAGAGGGAAGAGCGGAAGGUUUUGCGGGAGCUGAAGGCCUGGCUGGAUCAGCUAGAAAGAGAUAUACUUCGCGCACAGGGAGCAGAGGGCAACCUCACUGACAAGUAUCAGGGCUUUAAGAGCUUCCGUGUGCAGUAUGAGAUGAGGAAGAAGCAGGUGGAGUCACUGCUGCAGCCUGUGCACAAGGAUGGUAAACUGUCUGUGGAUCAGGCGGUGGUGAAGCAGGCCUGGGACCAUGUGUCUGUCAGGCUUUUGGACUGGCACAUCCAUCUGGAUAAGUCAUUACCAGGUCCACUAGGAGUGAUUGGAGCCUGGCUGCAUCGUGCAGAGCUUGCUCUCAGAGAAGACAUCCCAAUUCAGCAGGCCCACGAGGAGACGGCCAACAUCAUCCACAGAAAGCUGGAGCAGCACAAGGAGGUGCUAACAAAUUUGGAAGGGCACAGACAAACAUUCCAGCAGAUUCACAGAGACAGAUCAGUAAACGGUGUCCCUGUCCCAGCUGAACAACUCCAAGACAUGGCAGAAAGAUUCAAUUUUGUGUGCACUUCGUCUCAUGUUCACCUAAUUAAACUGGAAUUCUGGGAAAUGAAGUAUCGUCUCAUGGCGUUUCUUAUCCUGGCUGAGUCCAAGCUCAAGUCCUGGAUCAUCAAAUAUGGCCGGCGGGACUCUGUGGAGCUGCUUCUGCAGAACUACAUUGCAUUCAUUGAAGGUCACAAGUUCUUUGAGCAGUAUGAGACCACAUUUCAGACCCUUAAACAAGCUGCAGACAUCUAUAUUAAGUCUGAUGGCUCAGGCUGUAAGAUCUCCAGGAGAGCUGAGGAGCGUGAGGGGGUGAAUAAGUUUCUAAGUGAUGCGACGGCGCAGUGGAAGAACCUGUCAGUGGAGGUGCGCAGCGUUCGCAGCAUGCUAGAGGAGGUCAUUUCCAACUGGGAGAAGUACAGUAGCACGGUGGCCAGCCUGCAGGCCUGGCUGGAGGAUGCCGAGCAGAUGCUCAACCACUCAGAGAGCGACAAACGUGAAUUCUUUCGAAACCUUCCACAUUGGAUACAGCAGCACAUGGACAUGAACGAUGCAGGGAACUUCCUGAUCGAGACUUGUGAUGAGACUGUGUCCAGAGACCUGAAGCAACAGCUGCUCCUUCUCAACGGCAGAUGGAGGGAGCUUUUUGUCAAAGUUAAACAUUAUGCAAGAGCAGAUGAGGUGGACAAGCUGAGGAAAGACUAUGAGGAUGGUAUCUUAGCUUUAAAGAUAUUUUUGGACACAUCCAAUGAGAGGAUGAAUACGCCAGUUCAAGUGUCCUUCUUGAACAUAAGGACAUUUCUUCAAGAUAUUGAGGACAUCAAGCACAAAGUACCUGCAAUGGAGGCAGUAUAUAAGACAGCGACACGCAACGCCCAGCAGCUGACCAAAGACACUCCUCAGGAGGAGAUCACACAGAUGCUGGCUGCCAUGGCAACCAUCAAAGAGGAGCUUAGCAAGAUAAGGGAGAAGGCCUUGCCUCUGCUGAGGGAUUCCCAGGCCUUGCUGCCUCCUUUAGAAGAGAUGGAGAAGCACAUCACUGGGUUCUAUCAGUCUCUGGAGAAGGCCAGCCGCAUCACCAGCGCACGAGACUCUGAGACUCCAGGAGACUUCAAGCAGAAGUGUCAGGAGCUUGUGACAUACCAGCAAAGCUGUAAAAAGUGUCUUACAGUGAUUGACAAAAACCAUCAGAUCAUAACGAAGGCCCUGGAGAGCAGUAAAACCUUGAGACACCUGGACACAGCUCUACUGGAGAAGAGAGUGGCAGAACUUCAGGCUUCCUCGCAAGCUAUGGUAAAAGAGACCACUGAUUGGAAGAAGCAUGUAGAGGCCAACAGCAGCCUGCUGAAGCGGUUUGAGGAGUCUCGUGCAGAGCUGGAGAAAGUUCUUAAAAUAGCCCGAAGCUCUAUGACAGAGAGAGGAAACCCAGAGGACCUGCUCAAAAAGCACACCGAGUUCUUUGGGCAGCUUGAUCAGCGAGUCCUUAAUGCAUUUCUGAAGGCCUGUGAUGAGCUCACUGACAUCUUGCCUGAGCAGGAACAGCAGAAUCUACAGGAAACAGUCAGGAAACUGCACAAACAGUGGAAGGAUGUACAGACAGAGAUUCCUUACCAUCUACUGAAUCUGAAGGUGGAGGUGGAGCGCAGUCGUCUGAUGACAUCUCUGCAGGAGUGCCAGGCUGAAUUGGCUCGAGAGAAUCGCAGCCUGCCAGGCAUGGGUAGCGAGAGACUGGUCAAAGAGCACAGGGCCUUUUUCAGAGAGAAAGGCCCUCAGAUGCUGUGUGAGAAGAGGCUGCAGCACAUGGAGGAGCUCUGUCUGAAGCUGCCAGAGGGUGAGCAGGCCCACCAAACCCUGGAAAAUGCCAGAGCUGCCUUUGCUGAGGUUAAAGAUGACAUAGAGAGCACUCACCAGAAACUCAUGCAGCACCCAGACAAGUGGAAAGAGUUUAACACCAGAUUCUCUGAGCUGUAUGCCUGGUUAACUUCAAAGGAAAGCCAACUCAGGCUUUUGCGAAACCGAGCCGGUGACCCCAGCAAAUUUAGCCAGGUCAAAUCCACCAUAGAGAGCCUGAGGAAUGAUGCUGAGUUGCAGGAAGGGAACAUGGGCUGGCUGAAGUCUCGCCUGGCUGUGCUGAUAGAGAUCUGCACUGAGAGUGAUGCUCAAAGGCAGGCAGCUGCCCUCAGCAAACUCUCGACUGACUUCAAAAGCUUGCUUACCUCCCUCUCUGAGUCUGAGAAAGUGGUACUGGCAGUUGGAGACUGUGUUCAGUUCCAGGAAGAGGUGAGGAGCACUCUGGAUGAGCUAAUGCUGGGGCAGCAGGAGUUGCAGGCAGAAGUAACAAAAAUUCUCAACUCUGAGUCUGCAAGAGAAGCCCAGCAACUGCUGCUCAUUCACCAGCAACAGCUCAAGCGUCUGCGGCUGAAGAGGAAGGACAUGCAGCAGCAGCUCAGCCGAGGCCAGCAGCUCCAGAGUGAGGAGGGCCUUGGGGAGAGUCUACAAGAGGAUCUGCAGAAACUGGAGACCACCCUGAGCAAGAUGGACCAAAGCAUGGAGACACAGGAGCAGAGUCUGGAGGCAACGCUGGCUGCAUGGCAGGAGUUUGAUAGCCAGCACGCAGCAGUAGGGGAGUUUGUGAACCGAGCGCGCUCAUUUACUGAGAGAGAGAUGACUUUCAGUAGCCCAGAGAGCCUGACUGCAGAGCUUGAGCAAGCAAAGGAGCUGCUGAAACAAAGUGAGACUGAGGCCAAACUGGUGAACACCCUCCUGAAGAGGGCAGCAGAGAUCCAGCUCGGUCCUAAGAAUCAGUCUCUGCUCCAGAGUCAAGCUCGCUCUCUUAGUGAACAAAUGGACAAAGUUGAGGCUGGCCUCAAGAAAGAUGUAAAGACUCUGAAAGGAAUGAAAGCUGAGUGGGACUCAUUUGGGAGUGAGUUUGAGGAGUUUUCCACAUGGAUCACUGAGAAGGAGAAGGAAGUAGAGGUUAUAAAAAGCUCUAAUGCACCACUGGAGCAGCAGAUAAGCUCUAUGAAGGCUGUGAAAAUUGAGCUGCAAGAGCAAGCAGAGACCCUGUCCCAUCUGGAAGAGAGGGCUCAGGCAGUGGCCCAGUUUGUGUCAUCAGGAGAGUCUGCACGAAUCAAAGCUCGUCUGACACAGAUUGGCAGGUACUGGGAGGAGCUUAGGGAGAGCGUGGAGCAUCUGAAUGGACAGUUGGAAGAGAGCUCCUCACACCAGCAAAAGUUCAAUGCAAACCUUCAACAAGUACAAUCAGAGAUUGAUGACAUGCAGAAAAAACUGGACACACCUGUUACAUCCUGUAUAUCCUCAUCUGCGACCUACAAAGCUCUACAGGACCACUUGGAUAUAUUCCAGUCCCUGGAGAAGCUGAAGGCCACCCUGCUGUCUCUAUGUGCUGGGGCCCGCAGGCUAAGUGAGAGGGAGAAGGCAGAGAAAGAAGUAACAGCUCUACAGCACAGCUAUGAACAGAGCCUAAAGCAGGCCAAAGACAAGCAGGGCCAAAUGGAGAAUCUGCUGUCACUCUGGCAGAAGUAUGAAAAAGACUGGUUGUCUUUGCAAUCCUGCCUGGAGAGAUGCGAGUCCAUGUCUGUCUCUGCUAACCAGUAUCUCAGUGUUGACAAAUCAAAGUUGGAUGGAGAGCUGAUGGAACUGAAUCACCUACAAUCUGAGCUGCAGUCCUUGGGGUCAGUGUAUAAGGGACUGCUGACCCAAGCUCCAGUCCUGUACCCCACGGCAUCAAAUGAACGAGUGGAGGCACUUGAAGAAGAUCAAGAGCAGCUGAAGAAAAGAUGGAAUUCACAAAGCACAGCGAUACCCCACAGAAUUCAGGUGCUUCGAGAUCACCUGUCUCAGGUGGAAGAUUUUGACCAAGCUCUGCAGAAGUUCUUUAAGUGGGGAGAAUCUUUCCUCUCAUCUCUUCACCCAUUCUCCCAAGUGAAUUUCACAGACUUACAGCCAAUUGCUGUGGAAAUAAAGGAGAAGGCAGAGGUUCUCCAGAGCCAAAAUAAAGAGAAAGAGAAUCUACAGCAGCAGACUGAUGCCCUCUGUGCCACCUGUGAGCCUGUGGAGCAGCAGCUCCUGCAGAGCAGGCUGGAGAACAGCCUGCAACCCUACUUAGAAGCCCAGCAGCUGGUGAUGCUGCGAGGUGAGAGUGUAGAGAAGCUGGAGGCUUUUCUGCAGACGCACAGCGUGGCGGCAGGUGUCCUACGGGGCCUCAGACACACGGUAGAGAGUGCAGGCAGCUGGGACAAGAGCCGGGUAGACGAACUGCAGAGAGACCUAGAGGGCAUCGUCCCUGACAUCAGCCGCCUUGAGACGCUGGCCAUCAGCCUAGACAGCAGCCUAUGCAAGGCUCACCUUCACCUAACUGAUGGCAAGGAGGCUCGCACCUCGUGCCGCUCACUGGCUGACUCUCUGAGUGCGGAGCUGGACGGGGUAAGGACCCUGUUAGGCUCCAAACAGAGCGAGGCUGAGGCUCUGGGGGCACUGUGGAGCUCAUUCAGACAACGCAAAGAGCAGCUGCUCAAGAGUGUGGAGGAUAUUGAGGAAAAGGCUGACCAGCAGAGCCUCAAAGAGCCCAACCUGCUCACAUUACAACAGAGGCUUCGGUGCUUUAACCAGCUGGAGGAUGAGCUUCAGUCCCACCAGCAUGAGGAGCAGUGGCUGAGGGAUAAAGGCCAGCAGCUGGCCCAGCGAGAUGCAGAGCUUGCUGGAGAGGUGCUGAGGGAGAUCAACCUCCUUAAAACCACCUGGGAGGACACCAAGAAACUCAUCACAGAAAGGCAGGAGCAGUGCAGUGCACUGAUAGAACUCAUGAGGGACUACCAGAGUAUGAAAUCUUCUAUUACUGCAGUAGUGGAGAGUGCAGAGGCUGUGGCUGACAUUAAAUUUGUUAUAAAGGAUCAGGAAGACACCAAGAGAUCACUAUCUAAGCAUGAAUCAGUUAAGGCUGAACUCACAAGUAAUCAGGUGGAACUGGAUCGCUUCUCAAGUAAAGGAAAGCAGCUGUUGAGUGAACUAAACAGGAUUCCAGACUGUCAAACUCAAGUGAUAAAGACGGAAGUGGAUUCUGUAGUGGACCAGUGGCUAGAUGUAUCUGAGAGAAUCGAGGACAACCUUGAGAAUCUAAAAAAGAGUUCGUCCAUAUGGGACAAUAUUUACAGUAUCAGUGAGGAGAUUGAGAGCUGGUCCAAUAGCUCUGUAAUGGAACUCACAGACAGCCUCAACAACUUCAAUGACAGCCAGAAGACUGAAAACCGCCUUGCUGAAGUCAAGGUUGAGGUAGAACAAAAGGAAAAGAGGUUAGACAGUCUACAGGGAAAAAUGUCAGAGCUGAAACAGCUUAGUGGUUCCCAAGACAUUCCCCCGGCGUUGCAGGUCAUGGAGGCUGAUCUGAGGAAGAAGAUAAGCAAUGUGCAGGAGUUGUGUGAACAAUCCAAGAACAAUCUGAAAGAUUUCUGCUCUCAGAAAAAACAACUGGAAGACUUCCUCUCUCAGAUGACUGAAUGGCUAAAAAAGGUGGAGGGAUCUCUGCUGGAUACACAGUGUGCAUCACCUCCAGAGGAGAUCUGCAGAGUGAAGGAUAUCCAGAAAGAACUGCAAAACCAGCAGGCCAGCAUAGACUCGGCACGAGAGAGCCUGAACACCCUUUGUAGGAAGUACCCCUCAGAAGAACUGACUAGCCUUGGUUCUGCUUUAACUGAUCUCAUCAAAAAAUAUGAAACUGUCAGUCAGAUUUGUGUUAAAAGACUUGGGUCAAUGCAGCAUGGGCUACAGCAGCUCUUCAAUGAUCUUGUGAAGCAGUUUCACACAUGGCUCGCUGGACAAAAGGACAUAGUGAGAGAAUGCUCUGACCAUUCUGGGGACACCAGUGUUGUAGAACGUAAAUUGCAGAAGCUGAAGGGGGCUCUGGAGCGGGUUGAGGAUGGAGAAAGUCGUCUGAUGCAGGUGUGUCAGGAGGGAGAGAAGCUGCUGCUUCACCUUCCCAAAGCUUCUGCUGGCCAGGUCCAACAGAACCUCUCAGCCAUCCAGCAGGACUGGGACAGUUAUGUGGAGCAGUGUAGGCUGAACCAGCAGAGCCUGGAAGAGAGUGCAGCUCUGCUCAGUGGCUUUGAGAACAGUCUGCAGAGGCUGAGCCGCUGGUUAGAGCGUAUGGAAGUGAGACUGAGCACAGAGUUUCCAGAGGGCAAACACGGCGACCAGGAGAAAGCAACACUAGAGCGUGUAGAAGAGUUCUACCAGGAAGCUCUAAAAGAGAGGGACUCCUUUGAGAAUCUGUGUCAGGAGGCUCAGGCUCUGAGUGAUGGAGGUCAUGGCAGUGGGUCAGAGCUGCGGGUUUCUACACAGCUGCAGAUGCAGCAGCAGAGUCUUCUGAAGGCGGUGAGGGAACGCCUGCGCAGCUGGCAGCAGAGCCUGCAGGAGCAGCAGGCCUUCGAGGAGACACUGCAGAGCACCUGGGCCUGGCUCAACAGCAUCCAAGAACGACUCACAGCACUCAAUAGCACCACAGGCAACAAAGAAACUUUGGAGAAGAGGCUGGGGCUAGUACAGGAUAUCCUGUUGAUGAAAGGUGAAGGAGAGGUCAAGCUGAAUAUGACAGUAGGGAAGGGAGAACAGAUUGUGAAGAACUGCAGUAAGGACAAACAGAAGGCCAUCCGCUCUCAGCUCCAGAGUUUGAAAGAUUCCUGGGCCAACAUGCUCAUGACUGCCAUGAGCUGUCACAGUCGUCUGGAGUGGACGGUGUCUCAGUGGAGCAGCUAUCAGGAGGGGAAAGGCCAGCUUCAGCAGUGGAUGGAGUCGGUGGAGCAGGAGGUUGGAGUGGCUCUGCCUCAGCAGCCUGGCCUGAAAGAGAAAGUCUCUCUGCUGGAACGCCUGCGGGCCAUACAGGCUGAUGUGGAAGGCCACUCAGCAGCGCUCAGUCGCCUGAAUGAAAAAGCUGCAGAGCUUCAUGAGAAGACCGGAGACCAGACCUUUGCUGAAGAGCCCAGAGAAGAACUUAACAGCCAGUUCUCUGACAUCACAACAGUCAUCAAAAGUAAGGUGCAGCAGAUGGAGGAGAUAGUGAAAGAACAUGAACAGUAUGUGGAAGCUGUGCGGGAGCUGAAUGAUUGGCUGACCUCUGCUAAAGAGGAACUCCAGCGCUGGUCUGACAUGUCUGGGGAUGCCGCCUCUAUUCAGAAGAAGCUUUCCAAAGUGCGGGAGCUGCUGGACUCCAGGAAGCAGGGCAGCGAGCGGUUGUCACGUGUGCAACGUUGUGGGUCUGCAGCGCGGGACCAUACCUCCACUGUGGGCUGUGAGGUGUUAGAGAGAGAGGAGGCUGGCCUGCUGUCUGCCUGGGAGCAGUGGGAGCGCGGGGCCCAGCACGUGCGCUCGGGCCUGGAGGCCACGCUGUCUCAGAUGGCCAGCUCAGAGCAGGAGUUCAACAGUUUGGCAUUGCAGCUGGAGCAGGACCUGCAGGACUUCAGCAGCCGGCUGAAUGAGUGCCGUGACACACUGCAGCAGGUGGAGGCCAUGAACACCAGUGAGGAGGCUGUGCAGGGCUGGCAGAUUGCCAAGGACACCCUGGAAGCAUUACUCAACGUGGAGCCCAUGUCAGACAGUCUGAAGUCGCAGCUGAAUGACCUGUGUCGUUUCUCUAGAGACAUAGGAACACAGUCUGCGAGGGUGUCUGGCCUCAUCAAGGAGUAUAACAGUCUCAGUCUACAGGCCUCCCGGGAAUGCCAGGGAAAAGAGAAGCUUCUGGAGCAGAAGUUCCGGACAGCUUUUCGAGAUUUUCAGCAGUGGCUGGUUAAUGCUAAAAUUAACACAGCCAAGUGUUUUGAUGUCCCUCAAAACCUCACUGAGGCUUCAUCUAGUCUGCAGAAGAUACAGGAGUUCCUGAGUGACCGUGAACAAGGGCAUGGUAAACUAAAUGCAGUAGCAGUGAGUGGAGAUCUGUUGAUCAGCAUCGCUGCUAAAGACCGAGUAGAAGCAGUCCGAACUAAAGUGAGCAGUACCAGAGAGGACUGGAAGACACUAAUGACAAACCUGCAUCAGAGAGAGACUGCUUUACAAAACCUGCAGGCUCAGAUGAGGGAUUUCGAGGCCAGUGUGGAGCCUCUCCAGGACUGGUUGAAUGAGACAGAGGCAGCAGUGCAAGACAGCAGCAGUCGUCUGCAUGACCUCCCAGCCAAGAAACAUGAGCUUCAGAGGCUCCAGUCAGUGCUUGAAGAGUUAGCCUCUCAGGAGGUUCAGCUGAGCAGGCUGAGAGAAAAGGCCCAGCAGCUGUGGGACGGACACACGGCCGGAAAGGGCUUUGUGCACCGCGUCUCGCAGCUCUCCGCUCACUACCUAGCUUUAAGCAACCUGACCAAGGAAAAAACCUCAAGAAUUGAACGGAUUGUGUCAGAGCACCAGCUUUUCUCUCAGGGUCUGAAGGAGCUACAGAACUGGGUGGCAGACACCAGUCAUAUGCUGCAGACUUACUGCACUCCAACAGCAGAUAAGAAUGUUCUGGACAGCAGGAUGAUCAAACUUGAGGCCCUGCUAACAGCUCGCCAGGAGAAGGAGAUCCAACUGAAGAUGCUGGUCACUAGGGGUGAGUCUGUGCAGAGGAACACAUCUGCUGAGGGAGUUCCUCUGGUCCGUAAACAGAUCCAGGACUUGAAAGACUCCUGGGAUGCCCUGCUGUCUGCAUCCAUUCAGUGCAAAAGCCAGCUGGAGGGAGCUCUGUCUCAGUGGACAAGUUAUCAGGAGGAUGUGCGGCAAUUUGUGAGCUGGAUUGAGCGGGUGGAAGAGAGUCUGAACUCCACAGACAAGCAGUGCUCUGAGAUGAGAGAUAAAACUGCCAACCUAAGCAAGGCCAAGUUGUUGUAUGAGGAGGUGCUGAGUCAUAGCUCUGUCCUGGACACCAUCUCCAUGAAAGGUUCCAACAUGGCUGAGCACUAUGUGACCCAGUUGGAGAUUCAAGACUUGCAGGAGCGGUACAACACUGUUAAAGAGAGGGCCCAGCUGGCAGUAGGAAAAGCAGAGGAGCUGGUGCUGGCUCAUCAGGAGUACCAGCACUGUUUGCAUGAGUUCAAGGACUGGCUGGAGCAGCAGCAGGAGAAACUCAGCUGCUACACACAGUUGGAGGGAGAUGUUGACACCCUGGAAGAAACUCUACAAAAACUUCAGGAGCUUCAGGUACACUGCACAGAGGGACAGGCUCUGCUCAACACGCUGGUAGUGAGUCGUGAGCAGGUUAUCCCAUGGGGAGCACCUCAGUUGGAGGAUCGCACUUUGGAGACAGUGCAGCAGGAGUGGGGCAGUUACCAGGCCCGGCUUAGUGAGACCAGAUCUCAGCUGAACAGCGCUCUAGCCAAGCUCCGGCAGAUUGAACAGAAGUUCCAGCGGCUUGAUAACUGGCUAAAGGGAAUGGAGAGUAAAGGCCAGCUACGCAGCUGUAGGCGCUCUGAUAGAGCCACCAAGGAGGCCCAGCUACAGCUGCUGAAGGGAUGGCAUGAGGAGGUACUGGUCUAUCAGGACGAGAUAGAGGGUUUAAGUGAUCUUGCCCAGCAAGUCCUAGAGGAGACUCACAUCAGCAGUCGAGUCAGCACAAGAGCUACACAGCUUACCUCACGCUAUCAUGCCCUGCUACUGCACCUCAUGGAGACAAUCAAACAGCUGAAGGAGGAAGUGUCUGGUAUCGAAGAAGCUCACAGCGUCUUCAGCACCUUCUCUGACUGGCUGAGCACCGCCCAGAAGAACUUCAGCAGUGUGGCCAUCAGUAUUGAUGUUGUAGAUCGUGUUGCUAUGGAGAAGAAAAUGAAAAAACUAGAGGCUCUACAAGGUGAUAUGGAGCUGGGUCACACUUUCCUGAAGACCAUGCGGGAGAAAACAGAACGGGCCAUGGCCUUUCUGGAGGAGUCAGAAGCUGAGCAGCUGAAAGAGGAGAUUAACACCCGUCUCUCUCAGUUGGAGGAGCUAAUGGGAGCCCUGCGGGCUGAACUCAGUGCUCAGGAGAAAUGCAUUCAGCUGUCUAAAGACUUUCUAGACAAGUAUAAGGCUCAGAGCCAGUGGCUUACAGAGACCAAAUCUCUGCUGGCCUCACCUGUGGAACUUAAAGCUGAACUCUACCAAAAAAAGGCCCAAUUAGCCAAAUACAAGACAAUCCAACAAACUGUGCAGUCUCAUGAGCCUGCUGUAAAGUCUGUCAUUGAGAAAGGAGAAGCUCUGCUGGAAACCGUGCGUGACCCCACUAUCAGUGAGAACAUGACCAAGCUGCAGACUGAUUAUCAUGAUCUAUGCAACACGGCCAAGGCCCAUGUACAGAAGUUGGUGGAGGGGGUGAAAGAGCAUGAGGACUACAACAGUGAACUACAAGAGGUGGAGAAAUGGCUGCUGCAGAUGUCUAGCAGACUGGUCACCUCUGACUCAAUGCAAAGUGGCAAUCUAGAGAUGGCCACACAGCAGCUAGCAAGACACAAAGCAAUAAUGGAAGAGAUAGCUGGCUUUGAAGAGCGUUUGACAAGUCUGAAAGAGAAAGGAGAUGGUCUUGUCAGUUCCUGUUCAGAGCAAGUUCAGGCUAAGAUCAGCCAGCAGAUUCAGGCUCACCAGCAAGGAACCAAAGACAGCUAUUCUGCUAUCUGCAGCACAGCUCAGCGGGUGUAUCAGAGUCUUGACCGGGAACUACAGAAGCAUGUCAGUCACCAGGACACUCUGCAGCAGUGUGAGACCUGGCUCUCCACUGUUCAAGAGGAGAUACAACAACAUUCACAGACCCCCUUUGGCCUUCAGGAAGCACUAAAACAGAUGAAGCACUUCAGGGCUCUGCAGGAGCAGGCCAGUACCUAUCUUGAUCUGGUUUGCUCAGUGUGUGACUUAUCAGAUGAAUCUGUGAGAGCCACUGCUGCUAAAAUUCAGCAGAUCAAAACUAUGAUUGAAGAGAGAAUGGCCAGAGCACAGCAACUGUCAGAUAGCUGGAGAGAGAUUAAGGAACAAAAGCAGGAGCUGUCUACACUAUUCCAAGAUUUGGAACAGCAAUUACAAAGCCUUUCCAGGAGACCUGCUGAACUGGAGCCUAAGAUUGCCCAGAACAUGCUGGAUCAAGCAAAAGAAUUUGGCCAGCAGCUGCAAAGCAGGCAAAGUACUUUGACUAAGAUGACAGAGAGUGUGAGUAAGCUUACAGAAGGCAUGGACUCUCCAGAACAUGCAGAGAUUAAUCGUCUGAGUCAUGCAUGGCUAGAGCUGUGCCAUCAGGCUAACAAGUUACAAGCCCAGAGGGAAGAGGAUCUGCUGAGGACAAGGGAGUACCAUGACUGCAUUAGUGCCAUGGAAGCUCUGUUUGAACAGAUUUCCAAGGAGUGGGACAAUCUAGCAAGAACCGAUGCUGAAAGCUCAUCUGAGCAUCUAGAGGCUCUCCGGAAACUGUCAAUUACCCUCAAAGAAAAGAAGAGCACUCUUGAUGACCUUAAAGACCAGAAGCAGAAAGUGAUGUACUACUUAAAUCUGGAUGACAAAGAGCUGGUGAAGGAACAGAUCAGUCACUUUGAGCAGCGAUGGGCCCAUCUAGAGAGCCUCAUUGAGAGAAAGAUCCAGGACUCUAUCCUAACACUUGAGGACAUGAGCCAAGUUGAGGCUCGGCUUAAAGAGGCAAGAGAAUGGGCUGAGGAGCAGAAGCCUGCUCUAUCUGAGGCUAUGAAAAUGAGUCCGCCCCCAGAGUUGGCACAGAGCUUCCUCUUUGACCACCUCAGCAUUUGCAGUGAGCUUGAAGCAAAGCAGCUGCUGCUUUCCCAGGCUAUGAGUGAUGCAGACAGAGUUUUAGCGCACCUAGGCCUCAGUGAAAGGCAGCGGCUGCAGCAGCUUAUCUCAGAGACCCAGGCUGAGGUAGAGUCACUGAGUAUCAAAGUGGCCCAGCGAAGGAAACAUCUUAGUAAGGCUUUCACAGAAAGGACCCAGUUCCUGCUUGCCGUGAGCCAGGCUAUCACCUGGGUACAACAGAACGAGAAAAAAGCACAGGCCGAAGACUACAUAGCCCUUUUACCAGAUGACUUGGCGAAGCAGGUGAGGACCUGCAGGAACAUCCAGAGCAGCCUGAGAGCUUAUCAGAGUGAGCUAACUUCACUGUGGUCCCAAGGAAGAGAUCUGAUGAAAGAUGCUACUGAGGACGAGAAAGCUGAAAUGCUAACCAAGUUACAGGAAUUGCAAAAUAUCUUUGAAGUAGCUUUGCAAAAGUGCAGCCAAAGGCUUCAGGAGCUGGAGAAAGUACUGGUAACUAGAAAAUACUUUAAGGCAGAUCUAGAGAAAAUAUGUCAGUGGUUGAAACAAGCAGAUAUUGUGACAUUUCCAGAAAUAAAUCUCAUGAAUGGAGAUGUAGAACUUAGUGCACAGCUUACAAAAUACCAACAAAUAUUGGAUCAAGCAAUGGAGUAUGAGAAUCUCCUGCUGAUUGUCCAAAGAGCAGGUCAAGACAUAUUGCCUACUCUUAAUGAGAUUGACCAUUGCUACUUAGAUGAGAAACUUAAUGCUCUUCCAAUGCAAUAUAACAACGUCCUGGCACUAGCUAAAGAAAAACAGGAGAAAAUACAUCAAGCCAUUCUUGCACGUCAGGAAUAUGCCUCGUUCAUUGAUGUAACCCACAAAGCAUUGAAAGAACUUGAAGAACAGUUCCACAACCUUGGUACUCAGCCUGUUGGCCUACAGACAGAGGAAGUCAUCAGUUUGCAGCGUGAUUAUAAAGAACUGCUUGAGGAGUUGACAAAUCUUGGCCAGGCAGUUAGUGAGCUCAACCAGAAAAAAGAGGGCUUUCGCAGUACUGGUCAACCCUGGCAACCUGAGGAAAUGACUCAGCUAGUCAGCCUCUAUAAUGGUCUAAAGAGGCUGAUAGAACAGCGAGUUGAACACCUUGAUGACACUUUGGAGUCAUUUGAGGACCACCAAGCAAUGGCCAUGCAAGUUGACUCUGAGUUGAAAGCCACUAAAGAACAACUCGUCAAAGUCAAUGCUGAGACUCAGUCAGCUGAAGAGAGACUGAAGAAUUACCAUGCCCUCGCUGCCAGUCUUCAGGGAGCAAGCGCUCACCUCUCCAGGCUCAUGGAGCAGAUAGGCAACCUUGCUACCCACAUGGACCCAGCUGCCCAUGAGGCUUCUAGGCAGCGGGUGAUAUCCUGGCAGGAGGAACUCCAGUCCCUACAGUCAGCUGUUGGAGAGUUGAUAGUGGAGUGUGAAAACAGGUUUGUGCAGAGUAAGGACUUUGAAACUGAAGUAAAGCGCACUUUGACUUGGCUACAGCAGAUCAGAGAUGAGCUGGGCUGUGCUGUGGUCGUAGAUGUAAAAGUGGAGAAGGUUCAGGAAGAGAUCAGGAAACAGCAGAUCAUGCAGGAGGAAGUGCAGUCUCGACUUAGGAUCGUGGCUGCUCUGAGUACCAUGGAGAAGCAGAAGUAUACUAGUGCUAAUGAACUUGUCCCAGCUCACGUGGACUCUAGUCUGCAAGAAAUGGCAAAACUGGAAGCUGAUGUACAACAGGCCCUCAGCUCUAAGCAGAUCACACUAGAGCAAGCACUGGCGUUGUGUCAGAAGUACCAUUCACGAAUGCAGGCAGCAUGUGAGUGGCUUGAAGAUGCUGUAGGUUUUUUGCAGCAGGCCAGUCUGGGGGUGGAUGUGGAGAACUAUGAAGAAUGCCUGCGGCAACAGGAGGACAUCAUGGCCACUGAGCAGGAUUUCCUAUGUGUUUUGCAAGAGCUUGAGGCACUUCCACCCCAGUUGGAGAGCCUAGUGAACCCUACAGCCAAAGAACAGCUGAGGCUGAGUGUGGAGUCUGCUCAGCAAAGAGGAGUAGAAGUUAGAGACCAGCUUCAGUGUCACCAGGAUGUCUUGAACAGCUGUGUAGUACAAUGGAAAACCUAUCAAGAGGCCAGACAGACAGUCAUUGAGCUUAUGAAUGAGGUAGAGAAAAAACUGACUGAGUUCUCUACAGCCAAGGCUGCAACUAGUCAGGAGGCAGAGGAGAAACUCAAGAGUCAUAAGUCGUUGGUGUCCAUGGUGAAUGGAUUCCAGGAGAAGCUGACUGGUCUGGAAGAGCAAGCAUCUCAGCUGGAGCUGAUAGGCAGUGAUGCCAGCAAAGCCACCAUUAGUCGAUCAAUGACCACAGUAUGGCAGCGCUGGACUAGACUGCGUAGUGUGGCUCGAGGCCAAGAGAGGGUGCUGGAGGAUACAGCUCAUGAGUGGAGAACUUUCAGAGAAAAGAUGAUGAAAGUAAGGGCUGUGGCAGAAGAUCUAAGGAGUCGUGUUCCUGAAUGUGCUGUAGAAAAAGCAUCUAAAGCCACACUGCAGUCACAUCUGGAGCAGCAUGAAAUGGUCACUCAGGACCUGGAGAGGGAACUGUCCUCACUCACACUCCUGCGGCAGUAUGCCCUCAGCCUGUUACACGAUGUUGAGGUGGCAGUGCCAACUGCUGACCUUGAUCAACUGCCCAGUCUGAAGGAGAUCAAAGCUGUGCAAGAUCAGUUUGAGAGCCUUUUGCAGAAGUCCAGGGCAGGUAGAGCACGUGUUUAUCAGGAACUGAAAGACAGAGAAGAUGUGGAGAGAAGCCUAAGCCUGGUGAAAAGCUGGAUCCAGAAUUCCAGAGAGCUGUUGCUCAACCCUACUGCUGAUAUGGACAUUCUCACACAAGAGCUGGAGGUAAUGCAUGGAGAACUCAUCAUCCACCGGCAGAAUGUCGAUAAGAUUGCAGAGCAGCAGCAGAGCAAGUAUCUGGACUUGUACACGAUCCUGCCGUCAGAAAUCUCCAUGCAGCUGGCUGAGGUUGCCUUGGCACUAGGCUCAAUUGAAGAUCAGGUCCAAGCCAAGGAAAGAGAUAUUCAGAAGACCAGAGUUAUAAAGGAAGAGUUUAAUUCCAGAAUCCAUGAUGUGUCUGAGAAAAUGAAAAACAUUUCUGCAACACUGAAAGAAAAGGCCACUGACAUUAAUCAAGCCAAAGAAGAAACACGAGGUUUCUGUGAUGAACUAGAGAGCUGUGGGAGGACACUUGCAGAACUAGACGCUGCUGUGCAGGACUUUGGUCGGCGUAAUCCACUUCUGGCCAAACAACUUGGUGAUGCUAUUGCUAAGUUAGGAGAGAUCCACCACCACACCCUCCGCCUUGCUGAGUAUAGGACAGUUUGGCUGAAGAAGGCUGAUGCACAUCUGGAUGAGUACAAUGAGAUGCUGGAGUUUAUAGUAAAGUGGACAGAACGAGCCAGAAGCCUUGUUAAGGCCAACAUCAUCUGGAACUCCUCCUCUCACUUGCAGGAGCAGAUCAGAAUGUAUCAGUCUGUGUUGCGUGAAUCGAAGGAGCUUCAUGGUGAUCUGGAAGCCAUGCAGGAGAAGGUGGAGCUGUUGUCGGAGUCUCUGCAGGUGGAAGCUAUGGGCCAGCAGGUGGCUGAGCUGAGCCGACACACAGAGGAGCUGGAGGAGGCCAUCAGGUCACGUCUGCAGAGCCUACAGGAUGCUGCUAAGGACAUGGAGAAGUUUGAGACUGAAGUAAAAACCCUGCAUGUAGCUCUGGAUCAGGUACAGGCCACCCUAACCUCGCCUGAACUGGCCCGCCUGAGCCUCAAAGAACAGCUAGCCCAGAGACAGCGUCUGUUGUCGGACAUGGAGAGCUUCAAGCAGCAGGUGCAGGCAGUGCAAGCGUGUCAGAGUGCUCUUCGUGUGCCAGUGGAGGUGAUGAUGAGCCUGUCUAUCUGCCGCACCGCCCAUAGCCUCCAGCAGGAGGCCAGCCAGCUGCAGCACACUGCCAUUCAACAAUGCAACAUCCUACAGGAGGCGGUGGUCCAGUAUGAGCAGUAUGAGCAGGAGGUGAGGCAUUUGCAGGGCCUGAUCGAGGAUGCUCACCGGGUCAUCCAGGACAGACCUGUUCCCACCAGCAAUAUCCAGGAGCUACAAACACAGAUACGCCACCAUGAGGAUCUGGCACAGAAAAUCAAAGGCUAUCAGGAGCAGAUUGCAUCUCUCAACUCUAAGUGUAAAAUGUUGACAGUCAAAGCCAAACAUGCCACCAUGCUGCUGACUGUGAGUGAUGCAGAGGACCUGACUGAUGUGCAAGAAGGGGACAGAGCUGCACAAGCUAAGCCCUCUACGGUCAUGAUGACAGCUGGUCGCAGUCACACCCUCCUGUCUCCUGUUACGGAGGAGUCUGGAGAAGAGGGCACCAACAGCGAGAUCUCUUCUCCUCCUUUCUGUCGCUCUCCUUCUCCUAUCACUAACACUGAGGCCUCGCUUAGCAAGUCAUCCAUGGGUCGAGCUACUCUCACCAGAGCUCCUGUACAGGAGCUGUAUGAUCCUACCCUGGAGUCCGUUGCUAACCUAGAAGACCUUCAGCGUUCAUGGGAGACCUUGAAAAAUGUGAUCAGUGAAAAGCAAAGAACACUUUAUGAGGCCCUGGAGAGACAGCAGCGAUACCAAGGCUCUCUGCAGUCCAUUUCCACAAAGAUGGAGUCUAUAGAGGCCAAACUGAGUGAGCCACCUCUGCCUGACCUUAGUCCAGACAGACAGAUGAUCCUGCAUCAGAGUAUGAUGGAGGACAUUUUCCAGCUGCAGAAAGAAAUAGAUGAUCUCCAGUCCAGCUUUGCAGAGGAGCUCAUUUCUGAUGCACUGGACUCUGACACAGCUGAGCAGCUAGCCAUGCAGUCUACCCUCACAGUGCUGUCUGAGCGUAUGGCCACCAUCCAAAUGAAAGCCUCUGGAAAACAACAGCUUCUAGAGGAGCGUCUGAGUGAUCGUCUGGAGAAGCAGCAGCAGGAACAGGCCUUACAGCACUACCUCAGUCAGGUGGACGAGCUUGACCAAUGGCUCCUGAGUACACGUAGUACGCUCAGCUCCACCCCUCAGGACUCAGACAUGGACGAGCAGCUCUCAGACUGUCAGAACAUGCUGUUGGAGAUUGAAGAGAAGGUACUGGCACUUUCUGAGCUGUCCAUGCACAGUGAGGCUCUGUUGCUGGAGGGCCGGCCUGAGACCAGGGACGAGGCUGAGCAGCUAGCCAGGAAGCUGCGCACCUUAAAGGGAAGCUUGCUGGAGCUGCAGCGGAUGCUCCAGGACAAACAGAUCAACAUCCAGGGCUUGCAACAGGAGCAGUCUGACAGUGAGUCGGACUCCAGUCUCUCUCAAAGUCCUAAUGUACAGGAGUGGCUGGCCCAGGCCCGCUCUACACGGAGCCUGCAACACCAGGACACCCUCCAGAGACAAAAGGAACUUGAGGAGCAGCUGGCUGAGCAGAAGAAGCUACUGAAAUCUGUGGCUAGCCGUGGAGAAGAGAUCCUCACCCAGCAGGCUUCACCCAUCAGUGCCAGUGUGAAUGAGGCGGUCACUCCAGAGCCAGAGCAAGAGAGCCAGGCUACACUGGGGCAGAGGAGGCAGAGAUGGGAAAGCCUGAGAAAAGACAUGGCCACCAAACUGCAGCUUCUGCAGAGCACCCUAGAGCAAGACACAAAGCAACCAGUUUACUCCAGAACUGCUCGAGUAAAUGCCUCUGCUGCUCCAAUCUACAAAGGAGAUGAGCAGGUCCAGGACAAGUCCACACUGAAGUCAUUAUACAGUGGGUUCAGUCAGGCUGUGGAAGAUGCUACUGAUCAGGCUGCAAGUUCAGCAGAAAGGCCAGGCAUUCAGAUGGAGCAGCAGCUGUAUUCAGCGGUCACAGCCACCUCAUCUUGGCUGGACAAUGUGGAGAACACCUUGUUCUCUGGACCAGUGCUUCUGACAGAGAAUGCAGAGACACAGCUCUUCAACCAUGAGGCCUUAGGGAAAGAUAUGGCUGAGGUGACAGAAGUGGUGAGCCACAGCCGGGGGCUGCUAGACAGCACUACAGGGCUGCAGGGACAAGAGCAGGUCCUGAUGGAGGACACGCUUGAUUGCCUGUCUCGGCGACUAGGAGCCCUUGAUUCAGCAGUGGAGCGCCGCUGUGACUCCAUGAGAAGCAAGAUGCAGGAGCUCACUAGCUUCCAGAAUGAGUUGCAGCUGCUCUUCACUGCUCUCACUGAGAGCAAGUUCCAGAUUCUGCAGAAGCUAGCAGGAAUCCUUGAUCAGCCAGCAGCAAAACAGCUGGAGACAAUUGCUGAAGCAGAGGAAACCCUGAGAGAAUUUGAGCAGAAAAUCACAGAUCUGAAAUCCAGAGGAGCAGAAUUGCAGCUAGAUCAGAUUUCUACCAAUGAACUGCUGAAGCUCCAGGACACUUAUGAGGAGCUAGUGAUGACAGUGGGCUCACGGCGCAGUGGGCUGAACCAGAACAUGGCUCUGAAGAGCCAGUAUGAGCGAGCACUACAAGACCUUGUGGAUCUGGUAGAUACUGCUCAAGAUAAGAUGGCCGCUGACCAAAAGAUGAUUGCUGGCUCAGUAGAAGAAGUCCAGGCUCUGUUAGACAAGCACAAAGAAUUCUUUCAAGGGUUGGAAUGGCAUAUGGUCCUGACUGAGACUUUCUAUAAGAAAAUCAGUGCCUUUGUUGUGCCACGAGAGAGCCAAGCUCUAGAGGAGACUCUUGCCCAAGCACAGAGUGUUCUAAAGCAGGCUCACAAGAGAGGGGUAGAACUGGAAUACAUCCUGGAGACAUGGAGCCGCCUAGUGCUGGACUACCAAUGUCUGUACAGGCAUUUGGAGGCAGUGGAGGGCAGUAUGCCUGCUGUCCCCCUGCUAGAAGAGACAGUGGAGAGGCUGACAGAAAGAAUAGAACUUUAUCAGGGUCUGAAGUCCAUUCUGACUGAACACCAGCACAAGCUGUAUCAGGUGCUGGAGGAGGGCAAGCGCCUGCUGCUCUCUGUGGCCUGCCACAGUCUGGAAAACCAACUCACUCUGCUGGGGGAGCACUGGCUCAACAACACCACCAAGGUCAGCAAGGAGCUGCAGCGGCUGGAGUCCAUCCUCAAACACUGGACCAGGUAUCAGAGUGAAUCCGCUGAACUGAACCAGUGGCUGCAGAAUGCUCUGGAACGCCUGGAGUUCUGGAGCACUCAGUCAGUGGCUGUGCCUGCAGAUGUGGAGACAGUUAGGGACCACCUUUCAUCAUUCCUGGAGUUCAGUAAGGAAGUUGAGGGUCGCUCCUGUUUGAAGGCCUCAGUACUGAAUGAAGGUAACCAGCUGCUGAAGCUGAAGAAGGCAGAUACAGGCAUCCUCAGAUCCGAGCUGGCCCGUGUGGAGGCACAGUGGGCCGAGCUGAUUACCCACAUCCCAGUUGUGCAGGAGAAACUCCACCAGUCACAAAUGGACAAGCUGGCCUCCCGCCAUGCCAUCACUGAGCUGGUGAACUGGAUCUCACUGAUGGAGAAGUUGAUCGAAGAGGAUGAGGAAAACCUUAAAGGAGCAGUGGGGUCAAAGGUCAUCCAAGAGUACCUGCAUCGAUACAAGGGAUUCCGUGUGGAUAUGAACUGUAAGCAGCUGACUGUGGACUUUGUGAACCAGUCAGUGCUACAGAUCAGUGGGCAGGAUGUGGAGAGCAAGAGGAGUGAUAAGACAGACUUUGCAGAGAAGCUGGGAGCCAUGAACCGUCGCUGGCAAAUACUCCAGGCUCACAUCACAGAGAGAGUCCAAUACCUGGAGGGCUUACUGGAGUCCUGGCUGGAAUAUGAGAGCAAUGUGCAGAGCCUGAAGACCUGGCUUUGUGCCCAGGAGGAGCGACUGAAGAGGAAACACAGGAUUGAGGAUGUCUCCUCAGUGCAAAAUGCACUGAAAGACUGCCAGGAAAUGGAGGAGUUGGUUAAAGAGAAGGAGAGAGAGGUGGAAAGAGUAGAAGAGCAGGCCUGUGCUCUUGUCCAGAACAAGACAGAUGAGGCCUGUGCUGUUGUGAUGGAAAUUCUCCAGGCACUGAAUCACACCUGGGCCAACCUUGAUCACUUAAUAGGACAGUUGAAGAUCAACCUGAAGUCAGUACUGGAUCAGUGGAGCCAGUACAAAGUGGCAGCUGAGGAGAUUAACAGCUACCUGACAGAGGGGAGGUACUCUGUGUCUCGCUUCCGCUUGCUCACUGGAUCUCUGGAGGCAGCACAGCUCCAGGUGGACAGUCUACAGAAUCUGCAAGAGCAGCUGGACAAGCAGGAGAGCAGUCUGAGAAAGUUUGGAGCCAUCACCCAUCAACUGCUAGAGGAAUGCCACCCAUCUGUGUCUGACUCACUCAAUAAUGCUCUCAAAGACAUCAAUGCCAGGUGGAACAGCCUAUUAGAAGAGAUAACGGAGCGUCUGAAGAGCAGUAAAGCUCUACUGCAGCUGUGGCAGAGCUAUAAGGAUCUGUAUGAACAGUGCAACAGCAAUAUCCAGAAUCUGGAGGAGAGAGCAGAGCAGCUGCUAAAAACUGCCAGCAGGAAGGACAUCUCAGAGGAGGAAGUAUCCACCUGGAUUCAAGACUGUAGUGAAUUGCUGCGUUCACAAGCCCCAGUGCAGGCCUCUCUGCAGGUCCUGCUGGAGUUGGGUGAGCAGCUGAAACAGCAGGUGGACACUUCAGCUGCAGCAUCCAUCCAGUCAGAUCACCUGUCUCUGUCCCAGCGCCUCAGCUCCAUGGAGCAGGGCCUCAGCCGACAGCAGGCCGCUCUCCAGGCAGGAGUGCAGGACUAUGAGACCUUCAAUGAGCAGCUGGACACUCUGGGCCGGUGGAUAGUUGAGGCUGAGGAGGCUCUGAAGGGUCAGGAUCCGAAUGGCUCUUCUGACCAGUCAAUUAUUCAAGACCGUAUGGAAGAGCUAAAGAGGCAGAUGCUAAAAUUCAGCAGCAUGGCACCAGACCUGGAGCGCCUCAAUGAACUGGGCUACAGACUGCCCCUCAAUGAUUCAGAGAUCAAACGCAUGCAGAACCUGAACAGGAGCUGGGCCACCACUUCAGCCCAAACCACUGAGAGAUUCAGUAAGCUGCAGGCCACUCUGCUGCAGCAGCAGACAUUCCUGGAGAAGUGUGAGACGUGGAUGGAGUUUCUGGUACAGACAGAGGAGAAGCUGGCUGUGGAAAUCUCUGGAAACUUCCAGAGCUUGAUGGAGCAGCAAAGAGCCCAUGAGUUAUUCCAGGCAGAGAUGUUCAGCAGACAACAGAUCCUUCAUUCCAUCAUCAGUGAUGGACAGCGCAUGCUCGAGCAAGGACAGGUGGAUGACAGAGAUGAGUUCAAGCUGAAGUUGGCUCUGCUGAGUAACCAGUGGCAAGGGGUGGUGCGGCGGGCGCAACAGCGGAGGGGCAUUAUAGACAGCCUAAUCCGCCAGUGGCAGCGCUACAGGGAGAUGGUGGAGAAGUUACGGAAAUGGCUGGCAGAGGUCUCACGUCAGACUGAGGCUCUACAGCCUGGAGCUCCAGUACCCCUGCAGCAGGCCCGAGCCAUGCUGGAUGCUGUCCAGUUGAAGGAGAAGGUGCUGCAGAGGCAGCAAGGCAGUUACAUCCUGACGGUGGAGGCUGGCAGGCAGUUGCUUCUGUCUGCAGACAGCCGAGCUGAGGCAUCACUGCAGGAGGAUCUGCUCAACAUCCAGGAGCGCUGGAGACAUGCUAACCUCUGCCUGGAGGAGCAGAAGAGAGAGCUGGCUGUCCUGCUCAGGGACUGGGAGAGAUGUGAAGAAGGCAUUGGUGGGUCUCUAGAGAAACUGCGGUCUUUUAAGCGGCAGCUCUCUCAGCCUCUACCAGAUCACCAUGAGGAACUGCAAGCUGAACAGAUGCGAUGCAAGGACCUGGAGAGCACUUUUGAUGGCUGGACAGAGGACUUGGCUCAUCUGACUGUGCUGAGAGAGUCUCUCUCCAGCUACAUUAGCCCUGAGGACCUGUGUGUGCUGCAGGAACGCAUUGAACUGUUACAUCGCCAGUGGGAGGAGAUUUGCCACCAGUUAUCUCUGCGCAGACAGCAGGUGAGUGAGAAGCUGAAUGAAUGGGCCAUCUUUAAUGAGAAAUACAAAGAGCUAUGUGAGUGGCUCACUCACAUGGAGAGCAAGGUCUCCCAGAAUGGCGACAUCAGCAUUGAAGAGAUGAUCGAGAAACUCAGAAAGGACUAUCAGGAGGAGCUAGCGGUGGCACAGGAGGAUAAGCAGCAGCUGCAGCAGAUGGGGGAGCGUUUGGUCAGGGCUAGCCAUGAAAGCAAAGCCUCAGAGAUAGAGCACAAACUCAGCAAAGUCAGUGAGCGCUGGCAACACCUCGUCGACCUCAUCAGUGCAAGGGCGAAGAAACUGAGGGAGACUCUGGUGGCUGUGCAGCAGCUGGAUAAGAACAUGAGCAGUCUGCGCUCCUGGCUGGCCCACAUUGAGACUGAACUGUCGCGUCCGAUUGUCUAUGAUACCUGCGACUUUCAGGAGAUCCAGAGGAAACUAGACCUGCAACAGGAACUGCAGAGGGACAUAGAGAAGCACAGCACAGGUGUGGCUUCUGUGCUGAACCUGUGUGAGGUACUGCUGCAUGACUGUGAUGCCUGUGCCACAGAUGCGGAGUGUGACUCCAUCCAACAGGCCACACGCACCCUGGACCGCCGCUGGAGGAGCAUCUGCGUCAUGUCCAUGGAGAGAAGGCUGAAGAUUGAGGAAACAUGGCGACUCUGGCAGAAGUUUCUUGAUGACUUCUCUCGCUUUGAUGAGUGGCUGACAAUGUCAGAGAGGACAGCUGCCUUGCCAAACUCCUCUGGCGUGCUGUACACAGUGGCCAAGGAGGAGCUAAAGAAGUUUGAGGCCUUCCAGCGGCAGGUGCAUGAGAGCCUUACCCAGCUGGAGCUGAUAAAUAAGCAGUACAGACGGCUGGCCCGCGAGAACCGCACUGAUGCAGCAUGUCGGCUGCGGGAGAUGGCCCACGACGGAAACCAGCGCUGGGAUAACCUGCAAAGACGAGUGGCCUCUAUUCUUCGCCGCCUCAAGCACUUUAUUAGCCAAAGGGAGGAGUUCGAGACAGCUCGAGACAGCAUACUAGUGUGGCAGACUGAGAUGGACCUCCAGCUGACUAACAUCGAGCAUUUCUCUGAGUGUGAUGUCCAGGCCAAAAUUAAACAACUUAGGGCAUUCCAGCAAGAGAUCUCUUUGAAUACAGCCAAGAUUGAGCACAUUUUCCACCAAGGCGAGGCCCUGAUAGAGAAAAGUGAACCUCUGGAUGCUGCUGUCAUUGAAGAGGAGCUAGAGGAGCUCCAGCGCUACUGCCAGGAGGUGUUUGGACGAGUGGAACGCUACUAUAAGAAACUCAUCCGCCUACCGCUCACUGACGAUGAGCAAGAUGUCUCCUACUCGGAUCGGGAGUUUGAUUUAGACGAGCCGUGUGAUGUGUCCAGCCUUCCAUGGAGUGAGCGUCUGGGAGACGGUCUGCUCUCUCCGCUGCCCUCCUCCAGCCGCUCUGCCUCCCUGGCUGCCCCGCUACGGACAGAACGCUCAGGUCGAGACACCCCAGCCAGCGUGGACUCCAUCCCCCUGGAGUGGGACCAUGACUACGACCUGAGUCGUGGCUUGGAAAGCGCCAGCAGGGCUCUGGCUUCAGAGCAUGGAGAAGAGGGCGAAGAUGGAGCUUACCUUCAGGGGUCAGCUUCUGCACUCUCAGAUGUAGAGAUUCCAGAGAGCCCUGAGGCAUAUGUAAAACUAACAGAGCAAACACUGAGGUCCACAUCUGGGGAAGCAGCGUCUCUGGAGACUCACUUUAGACAACUGGCCAAAGCCCUGGAUACCAGCCGCUUCCACCUGCAGCAGACCGAGAACAUCAUCCGCAGCCGCACGCCCACUGGCCCUGAGCUGGAUGCCUCCUACAUGGGUUAUAUGCGGUUGCUUGGGGAGUGCCGUGGCAGUAUUGACACAGUGAAGAAGGUCGGUUAUGAGCUGAAGGACGCGGAAGACAAGCUGGCAGGCUUUGCGAACCCCAACAACUCAGAAUCGCAGACUUCAGGUGUGAUUGAGCGCUGGGAGCUACUGCAGGCUCAGGCUCUCAGUAAAGAGUUGCGCAUGAAGCAGAACCUGCAGCAGUGGCAGCAGUUCAACUCAGACUUGAACAGCAUAUGGAGCUGGCUCAGUCAGGCUGAAGAGGAGCUGCAGCAACAGCGGACGCUGGACGUCAGCACAGACAUACAGACCAUCGAGCUGCGCAUCAAGAAGCUCAAGGAGCUGCAGAAGGCUGUGGAUAAGCGGAAGGCCAUAGUGCUGUCCAUAAACUUGUGCAGUUCUGAGUUUGUACAGUCGGACACUGAUGAGUCACGGGAGCUGCAGGGCCGACUGAAAGAGAUGAAUAACCGCUGGGAGCGGCUGACCAGCUCUCUGGAUGAAUGGAGGAGCUCUCUGCAAUAUGCAUUAAUGCAGUGCCAGGACUUCCAUGAAAUGAGUCAUGGUCUACUGCUGUGGCUAGAGAAUAUUGACCGCAGGAGGAAUGAAAUUGUACCUAUCGAUUACAGUCAGGAUGCUGACACCCUGCAGGAGCAUCACAAAACCCUCACACAAAUUCGUCGGGAGCUGCUUGACUCCCAGCUGAAGGUGGCCUCCUUGCAGGACAUGUCCCUGCAGCUGCUGGUCCACUCAGAAGGCAGUGACUGCCUAGAGGCCAAGGAGAAGGUGCAUGUCAUAGGGAACCGACUUAAGCUGCUGCUGAAAGAGGUGACACGAGACAUCCGAGAGCUGGAGAAGACCCUGGAUAUCACCAGCAGUCAGCAGGAUCUGUCAUCUUGGUCAUCUGCUGAUGAACUGGACACGUCUGGUUCUCUGAGUCCUGUGUCUGGACGGAGCACUCCAAGUCGCCAGCGAUCGCCACGGGGCAAAAGUAGUCUGUCACAGCCUGGACCCUCUGUGAGCAGUCCACACCGCAGGUCUCCCAGCGUCGCUGGAUCCGUUUCCUCCCAUUCUGAGGAGAGAGAGCCACGCUCCUGGUGCAGAACCUUCCUCCGACGAGUCCUUUGGGCCUCACUGCCUGUGCAGCUCCUGCUGCUGCUGCUGGUGGCCUUGGCCUGCCUGGUGCCUAUGUCUGCAGAGGAUUACAAAUGUGCCCAGUCUAACAACUUUGCCCGCUCAUUCCACCCUAUGCUCAGCUACACCAAUGGGCCUCCACCUAUAUGAGCUUGGGUUUGUAUUAAAGAGUCCUCACAGAUGCAUUCUGGACAACUAACUUGUACCACUACAUUAGCAGCCAAAGCCAAUCAUUAAUGUGUCCUUGUAUAGCUAGCUGCUGAGUCUGCUUGUGUCUCUGUAGAUGUUCUAAAGAAGCUUAUUGCACUGAAACCUAAUACACUGUAAGACAGGUGGUUCUUAGUUAUACACUAUAAGACAGGUGGGCUGCUAGUGGUACUAAUGAAGUUCUUCCAGUAUCAAAAAAAGGACAAAAAGAUAUUUAACUGUAUUUUUUACUGGAUGGCACUGGAUGUUAACUGGUACUGAGCAGUUGUCGUUCAUGUCACCAGGCCUGAAGUUUCUUUUUUGUUUUUUUAUAUCAUGAAAAGUAUUGACAUUUGAUUUAAUGCAAAGAAUAUAAGGUGAAAUUGCUUAUAACAAAUGAAAACUUGUAAAAUAACAUUUAAAACUAUAUAUUGCAACUAUUUUUUAUAUGUAUUUUUGGCAUGUGGUAAUCUUUUGCUUUUAAAGUUGUUUAUCAUUUAUGGGAUUUGUCAUUGUUGAAGACUGAUCUUAAUUUUAACUAACUUACUGUAAUCAACUUACAUGUAAUGAAAAAUACAGUAUUGUCUGGAAAAGCACUAUCAUGAUAUUUAUCCAUGUACAGUUUGCUAAGGCCUAAGAAACCUUUGCACUGAAAACAAAGACAGUAUACACAUAAUGUGCUUAGUGGUAUUUUUUGUAAUAAUGCGAAAGUAUACAAACAAAAAUUAAAUUCAAUGGCAUUGAUA